UUCAUUCUUUGCCGAACCAUUUGAUUUUGAAGAUACUUAUAUAUAGGACAGAGUGAACCCAAUUUGCAGAAAUUGAUAUGGGUAUGAUGUCUUUGAAUGGUGAUCUUAUCAGCCAGAUCUUAGGUCAUGUGGAUGGAACAACACUUGCAAAUGCAGGAUGUGUGUCUUCAGAGUUCUGGUCCAUUGCAAGAGAGGAGAGGAUAUGGGAACAGGUGUGCUGUUCUCUCUGGCCUUCCAUAGAGGAUACAGGGAUUAAGGAAUUGAUCUCUGAUUCAUUGGGUGGCUUCAGAAACUUUUAUGCAAACUGUUUUCCCCUGAUUGCUUAUGAAAGCACCCAGAGGGAUUCAAUGUCCAUGGAGCUGCAAAAUUUGAAUGAUGGUGUUCCUUCUGAUUUUGUGUCAAUUGUGGAUGUGGCAUACAAGAAUAAGGCCAUCUUUAACAAAGUUGUGUGGGGCAUCCUCUGUGCUCAUGAUUUUGAGGGCUGGUUUUCUAACUGCCCUUUCAGAAUGGAGCUCAUUGAGUUUUCUGAUGUUGAAGAUGAUAAUCAUGCUGUUGAAGAUGGGUUGCCAACAAUUAUAGAGUGUCUUGGUAAGGUGAAGAAAGAUGAUAAGAUCUGGGGGGAAUUGAUGGAAAAUAUUAGGUUAAGCUGGAUUGUUGUAAACAGAAGAACAAGGAAAGUUGCUAAUUUUUCAAGCUGGAGUCCCUUGGCUGGGCAGAGGCAUUGGGUAUCUGAUAAGGAUUUUGUCAUGCGCUUUGGCUCCAUAUUACCUGCACACAACAUAUUGCCUUGCAACUUUGUGCAUUGUAUUCUUGUUAUGAAGUGUAGAGUUUCAGAUGGCGAUCAAGCCAGUUUGAAGAUCAGUCAACUUAGCAUGCAGUUGGAAGAUGCCAUGGGAGGUCAAGUUAAUGGGAGGAACAGUUUGCUUAUCCUAGAAAGAGCUCUUGGUUGCAGAAAAAGUAAGAACCAUGCUCAGAUUUUGGUAUCUUACCAACAGUAUUUCAGUGAGCAGAGAAAGUUGAAGGAAGCAAAGAUGAGGAGUGAAGAGCGUUUAGACACCCUCUGCAUUCUAAGCGGCAUUGUUGCAUUUAAUUCGAUUUGUUAUUUCGUUUUCAGAGAGAGUGGUGCCAUCAUGGGACUUUGAUCUCUCUAAGAUCGACCUAUUGUUCAUAAAAUUCAUUAUGAGAAUGUGUAUAAUUGAA